AUCAACCCCGAGGACCUCUACAGACAGCAAAUACGCAGAGCAGCUGGAAAGGGGCCGUCCGUACUGAGGGUUUUCUUCACUUCCAGGAGAGGGACUUGUCCCAGGCGCCGCUCGCAGUUUGAGGCGGUCUGGUGCGGCGCCCUAACCUUCCGCUGACAGCUCGAGAAAAGGAUGGCGGUGGAGGUCUGGGUUUGGCUUAGGAUCGGGCUGGACAGCACGCCUAGUGACCCGGUCCCGACGCGCCAGGGAAAAGAAGAGGUCGCGGGUGCACUCUCGUCCGGGCGACGCCCGCUGCCCGGCUCCGCCCCGCGCGGCCGGGCGCGCGCACCCUAGGUGUCGAGGCGCAUCCGGGUGGCGGACUGGGGCCUGGAAGAGUGGGGGCCCAUAGAGGGGCUUCUAGAAGGAAACGGCGGCAGCGCCCCCACUCGGUCGUUCAAGUCGAGAGCGCCGGUACUUGUGAGACCCGGGGUUAAGAACCUUCUCGGAGGUGGAGGUUUCUGUUUCUCGUGCCACCAUGCUGACUGUCCGCCUCUCCAGACCCCUGUCACAGAUCCGGGGCAAAACCUUGAAUUUCUACAAUAGAGAGAAUGAAAAGAGACGCACGCUGCUGUGUUACUCCGCAUCAUUUGUCCCUGUGGGCCAUAGGACCUAUGCCGACACCGCGACGGUGGUGGACCCGGUUGGCAGCAAAGCUGUCCUGAUCACAGGCUGUGAUUCUGGAUUUGGGUUCUCCUUGGCCAAGCAUCUGCAUUCAAAAGGCUUCCUUGUGUUUGCUGGUUGCUUGAUGAAGGAGGCAGGGGGUGAAGGCGUCAAAGAGCUGGAUAGCUUGAAGAGUGACCUGCUGAAAACCAUCCAACUCAAUGUCUGCAAUAGCCAGGAGGUGGAGAGAGCCGUGGAGGAGGUGCGCAGCAGCCUGGAGAACCCUGAAAAUGGCAUGUGGGGCCUGGUUAACAACGCAGGUAUCUCAACAUUUGGGGAGGUGGAGUUCACCAGCAUGGACACCUACAAGGAGGUGGCGGAAGUCAACCUCUGGGGCACAGUGCGGACGACAAAGUUCUUUCUUCCUCUCAUCCGAAGGGCCAAAGGCCGCGUGGUCAACAUCAGCAGCAUGCUGGGCCGCAUGGCCAACCCCGCGCGCUCCCCGUACUGCAUCACCAAGUUCGGGGUGGAGGCCUUCUCCGACUGCCUGCGCUACGAGAUGCUCCCGCUGGGCGUGAAGGUCUGCGUGGUGGAGCCCGGCAACUUCAUCGCGGCCACCAGCCUCUACAGCCCCGAGCGCAUCCAGAUCAUCGCCAACAGGAUGUGGGACGAGCUGCCCGAGGUGGUGCGCCAGGACUACGGCCGGCAGUACUUCGACGAGAAGAUCGCCAAGAUGGAGACCUACUGCAACAGCGGCUCCACCGACACGUCCCCGGUCAUCAACGCCGUCACCCACGCCCUGACCGCCGCCACCCCCUACACCCGCUACCACCCCAUGGACUACUACUGGUGGCUGCGAAUGCAGAUCAUGACCCACUUCCCGGGGGCACUGUCUGACCGCAUCUACAUAUACUGAAGUUUCCUGCUGCGUCUGGGUGGAAAAGCAGCAGGGGGGAGGGGGGGAGCGGGAGGAAGGAAGCACAGAGAGGGGGUAGGGGAGGGGAGAGCGGAGCUGGCGCAGUCGUCUUUCAUUUCCGACUGUGUUAUUCGCGGCUCCUGCCGCACUGCAGUACACCACAGUGUAGUGAUAACCAGAGCGUCGGCCCUGCCCGGCCGGGGUGCAGUGAGUGGCAGGCAGGGCCCCUAGGCUCAGGCAGACGUGGCCAUCCAUCUCCCUCCAGUUGAUCUCAUGCAAAGAUUUGUGGGGAAACAUCUUUAUAUUAAAAACAGAUU